AUGGCCGACUCACCAUUCAUCGAAGAUCCUGUGCUUCGCGCCAAAGCCCUCAGAGAAUACCCUUACGACUUUCCAUACUACGAUUGGUGCUUGACGACUCUUGAGAUCGAUCCCAAAUUCGAUCUUCAGAAGCUUCCAGAGUGGGACGAUUCCCUGCAGCACCUUCGCAAUGCUGUUGGGUGCAAGACAGUGCUCUGGGGCUGCGAUCUCGAGCAGACCCAUUUCGUUGUCGUCCUUGCACGAGUGACCGCCGAUAGAGAUAUACGUCAACGUACGAUCUCCGUCUGGUCUGAACUGGACCCAUUUCUGUUGUCUUCACCACGAACACGGCAAAUCGUACUCAACAUAGAAGACCGCUUUCCCGGUCCUUCUGAAGUCCAUGAACUCGUCUUGAUCGACGGCAACCAGGAAUUGAUCACAUAUCGCUUUCUGCACAACGUCGACUUUUUCACGAGCAAGGCGAUGCCUAUGAUCUCACACGAUCCUCCGGUGGAACUCGCAGGAUGUGCUCGUGGCAUAACUCACCCGAACGCCGAUGGGCGCAAUACUAUCGCCAUCUUGUAUACUUGGCUGGGCAUGGAAUAG